AUGCAGCGAGAGACGUACAGCAAUGCAGUGGGAGACAUACAGCAAUGCAGCAGGAGAAGUACUGCAAUGCAGCGAGAGACGUACAGCAAUGCAGCAGGAGAAGUACCGCAAUGCAGCGAGAGACAUACAGCAAUGCAGCAGGAGACGUACAGCAAUGCAGCGAGAGACACAUACAGCAAUGCAGCAGGAGACACGUACAGCAAUGCAGCGGGAGACACGUACAGCAAUGCAGCGGGAGACACGCGCAGCAAUGCAGCAGGAGACACGUGCAGCAAUGCAGCAGGAGAAGUACUGCAAUGCAGCGAGAGACGUACAGCAAUGCAGCAGGAGAAGUACCGCAAUGCAGCGGGAGAUGUACAGCAAUGCAGCGAGAGACCUACAGCAAUGCAGCGGGAGAUGUACAGCAAUGCAGCGAGAGACACAUACAGCAAUGCAGCAGGAGACACGUACAGCAAUGCAGCAGGAGACACGUGCAGCAAUGCAGCAGGAGACACGUACAGCAAUGCAGCAGGAGACACGUGCAGCAAUGCAGCAGGAGACGUGCAGCAAUGCAGCAGGAGACACGUGCAGCAAUGCAGCAGGAGACACGUGCAGCAAUGCAGCAGGAGACACGUGCAGCAAUGCAGCAGUAGCUGUACAGCAAUGCAGCAGGAGACACGUGCAGCAAUGCAGCAGGAGAUGUACAGCAAUGCAGCAGGAGACACGUACAGCAAUGCAUAUAAAAAGCUCAAGUGGCGCUUAAAAAGUGCAGCUAGUUAUCACUGUGGAACCAAUUACGAUAAUUCCACCAUUAAAAACACAGCAAACUAA